CGAGUUGGUGGCAGUGUUAAUUAGACACUACUGUAGCUAAAGAAAGAGAUGAUUCUGGAGUGGCUCCUCUCUCUAUCUACUCUUCUUCUCCCCCAAAUCCUCUCAUCGCUAGGGUUUCUCAGAUUAUCCUCCUCUGUAUCCAUAAUUCACUACACGCCGAGGCGCUUAUAAUCAGUCAAAUGACCUGAAGCUUCUUUCUUAGGUACUCAGUCAAGCAGAGGAUUUCGUUUUAUUUCUUCCUGAGUCCACAGAAAGGAUGUCAAGCAGUCGAAAUACCCACUGGUGUCAUAGAUGCCAGCGUGCUGUCCGUCUUCACGGCCCAGACCUUCUCUGUUCUUAUUGUGGAGGAGGAUUUGUUGAGGAACUUGAUGUUAUCCCUCCUCAAGCCAUACCCACCCCGUUUGAUAUGUUCACUAGUCACAGGGAUGUCCUACGACGUGAUCCCGCUUUUGAUCUCAUGGAUGCUUUCUCCUCCUUUAUGAGGACCCGCUUAUCCGACCCAGGCAUCAGAGGAGGAAGAGCAGCCAUCGGUUCUCGUCCUGAUAACUUCCCCGGUCUGGCUCCUCUGCUUAUCUUCGGUGGUCAGGUCCCUUAUAGACUCUCUGGAGACAAUCCAAUCGAAGCUCUCUUCAAUAACAACGGCUCACCUGGCAUUGGCAUCACGCGUGGUGGUAAUAACAACACUGGCGACUAUUUCUUCGGCCCUGGUCUUGAUGAGCUCUUUGAGCAGCUCUCUACUACUCGCCGCGGCCCACCUCCCGCUCCGAGAUCUUCUAUAGAUGCAUUGCCAACCAUCAGGAUCGCGCAGAGGCAUCUCGGGUCGUCGGACUCCAACUGUCCUGUCUGCAAAGACGAGUUCGAGUUGGGAGCAGAAGCGAAGCAGAUGCCGUGUAACCACAUCUAUCAUUCUGACUGUAUCGUCCCGUGGCUGGUUCAGCACAACUCGUGCCCUGUCUGUCGCCAAGAGCUGCCGUCAGCUAGAGUAUCAUCUUCAAAUAAUGAAAACAGAAGUACCACCACGACGACCAGAAACUACAGAAGUAGCAAUGAAAGGAGGAACCCUUUCUCUUCCUUGUGGCCAUUUCGCUCCUCCGGUUCAAGCUCAAACAACAACACUCAAAACCGUGGGGGCACAACAAGAAGAAACUCGGACACAACAGAUGAGAACCAAAACUAUCAUCACCAGCAACAUCAACAACAGUCACAUAUGGGUUACAGUGGCUGGCCUUUUGAUUACUAAAGGUGAGCUAAAGUAAUAAAAACUUUGGUCUCACUAUCUAUUAUGGCUUGUGAUUUUACGCUUUCUACUCUUUUAUCUGUCUCCUCUCACUCUCCUGUCAACAUAAAUAAAACAGAGAACAAAUGUUACUGUUGAUCUUGUGCAUGUGUAAAACCUGCUUUAUGUCAAUGUUUUUGGGUUUGAUA